GAAAUUAUAUCCGUCUGCGUACAUUGGUAUUUUCCAUGAAAUCAGAUAUAUUUUUAUCUACUCUAUUAAUAAAUACUUCUGGGGAAAAGAUACAAAUUUAGUGAUAUAUGAUUUCAUAGAUGCUUUAUAUCAUCGCAAGAUGGCCAGAGAACUGUGGACAUUAUAUUCAGUUAUUUUCAUCAUUUGUUCAGCUUUGAUCAUAAAAUCAACCACGGCACAGUUUCCGAACUUCGACAUCCAAGCCAACGACAGCCUGUUAACCGCCGGUGACACAGUGAUCAUCGAUUGUUUGCUCUAUAAUGCCUCCGUGGUCGAUAUCCUGAAUGACUACGAUAUCGCGUGGUUUAAAGAUGAAAUCAAACUCACACAAGCAUACACGAGGCUGAGGAAUGACGUCAUCAACGACCAACGAUACUCCAUCAGCAUAAGAGUCAUAUUGAACAUAGCAACGGUCUCUACCAUGCAAAUCACAGGUAUCACUACAGAAGAUGAAGGCGUUUUCACUUGUGAACUUACUAACAGAAUGAACUUUAAACAGAGGGAAUCAAUAUCUAUAAGUGUUGAAGAUCUAGAACACCAAACCAUAGCAACUGAUAUUAAAACCGUUCUUUCUGAUCCAUCAUUGAACUAUAACAAAAGAUUGUUCACAAACUGGACGGAUGCUGAUGAAGGCGAGAACCUCUCAAACACAUCAUCGAUCAACACUUUUACCAAUGGGACGACUGAUAUUGUCAAAUUUAGUGAAGAUGUAAGGGACAGCAAUCUUACAUAUCCAACAGACAGCAACAUUUCACCUCCAACAGACAGCAGCAUUACCAUUCCAGUCAACAGCAACCUUACAUAUCCAGCGGACAGCAACGUUUCAAUUCCAGCAGACGGCAACAGUACUACACCGUUGUUGCUUUUUACUGAAAACAUUUUAGAAAACACGUCCGCGUCAACAGGAAUAGAGAAAAGAGAAGACGGCAAAGGUGGGCUCAUUGCAGGAAUCAUCGUGCUUGUGGUUGUGCUUGUCCACUUUCUUGUUCUGAUGUCAAUAUACUAUGCCAGAAGAAGAAACAUCUUAAAUUGUAAACGUUGCUUCCACAAAGCAAGAGGCGAAUACAUAAAUGGUGACGCCACACCAAGAGAAAAUAUUCAUGGAUAUGAAAACGUUUUGCCGAUAGGUUUUCAUGAUCCCAAUGUUUACGUGAAUCCGGCAUCAGAGUUUGAAACCAAACAUAGGAGGCGACCUUACGAAGAUGCGAACGACAGAACCUUUCUAAAUGAGUACGAGAUCAACGAACAUAUACGUAGGAAAAGUGUCGACGGUAGAAUUGGUAGGGCCAACACGUUGGAAAAAGUAGAACUGCUGGCUAUGUAUCCUAACACCAACGAUCAAAAUUUGUUGGAUGGGUAUCGUAACUUCAGUGACGACACUUCCGAUGGUAAUCUGGAUCCGGUACCAGAGUUUAAAAUCAAACCUAAGAGGCGACCUUACGAAGAUGCAAACGACAGAACCUUUCUAAAUGAGUACGGGAUCAACAAACAUAUACAUGGGAAGAGUUCCGACAGUGGAAAUGGUAGGACCGACACGCUGGAAAAAGUAGAGCUGACGCAUGUUUUUCAUAACACAAUCGAUCAAAAUGUGUUCCCUGAUUCUCAUAACACCAGUGAAGACGCUUCCGAUGCAACGUGUCAAUUGAAAAAGAAAACCAGUCCGUACGAGUCAUGCAACAGUACGAGUUUCCUGAAGGAUUUUGCAUAAUACUUUUUACCUAUAUGAUAAAAAAUUGUUAAUGUCUUUUAGAAUGAGAAAUCAAUGAAACGCUUAUUUCAUUUGUAUGUUAUGUUAAAAAUGUAUUCAUGUAACGUAA